AUGACCCACGCUGUCAUGACAUCUGCAGUAGUUGUCUCUGCCACCGAUUCAACCAUUUCGGUUGCCGAGAGAGCAUCACCCGGACCAUACUACUCAUCAGGGCUUCGAGCACGCUUCAAGAUCGAUGCUGGGCGCCCAGUAGCUAGGGUGAUGCAUACUAGUCCACAAGCAUAUGCAAAGAUUGGGUACGAUGUUGACGAGGCGGCGUACUUGCAACGGUCGAAGAUCCGGCAUGCCACUGGAGGUCUAGCUACCACCUUGCCUGAAGGGUGGCCUGAGGCCUUGGAUGGCCCUCUCGUUUGGAGCGCUGGGGACCUAAUCCAAGAGCAUGAGUAUAUGCAUUUCCUCACAGCCAAGGACAAGCUGGAGAUAGCGGAUGCGCUCUGUGUCUUCAAAGAGUACGGCCUUGAUGGCAAUGAGGUCUCCAGAGGAACAUUUCCAUUGCCCAGUCUUGGCCUCCGUCUCGACAAGAUUUGCGCGGAUAUUUACGAGGGUCGAGGAUUUGCCAUUGUCCGUGGUCUAGAUCCAGACGAGUACUCAGUCGAAGACCUGACCAUAGUUUACCUUGGCAUCUCGAGCUACAUCGGUGAGCGGCGGGGGAAGCAAGACCAACGUGGCUCGAUGUUGAUGCACGUUAUAAAGCGGAACGAUGAAGGUCGCGAUGUUCAAUAUAGCGAGGACAAGGUUAGGAUUGUAAUCGCGUCUUCUUGGACCGUUUACAAUGAGCUCGCUGCGACUCGGCCCGACCUGAUUGAAGUUCUGUCUGCCGCUGACUGGCCAUUUGAUACCUUCGGUCGAGAUCCCAAAUUCUACCGCCGCCCUUUGCUGUUCUAUCACCAUGGCAAGUUGAUUAUUUCCUUUUCGCGCCGCCUUCUGGUAGGGCACGAACCGUUCGAUGCCCGCACCCCCGGCAUCCCAGGCCUCACAGAAGCCCAGGCUGAGGCCUUAGACGCUGUCCAUAUCAUCGCUCGUAAGCACGAGAUGAAGCCACGCAUGGAACGCGGCGAUCUUCGCUUCAUCAACAACAUGAGCAUCCUGCACCGCCGUGAGGCUUUUGAGAAUACCGCCACUGCUUCCCGUCACCUUGUUCGAAUCUGGCUCAACAAUGAGAUGAUGUGCUGGAAACUCCCACGAUCUCUACGUCUCGCUUGGGCGCGUGUUUUCGAGGAUGAUGAGCGGGAAGAACACUGGGAUAUCGUUCCACCCAUGAAAGACGGCAAGGUUCUGCGUGUCGCUGGUACUUGCGACUGA